CGUGUUGUUAAGUGAGUAAGCAGUGAUAACAACUCGAUAAAGUGUAGCGCUGUCUUGUUUUAUGGGAACCGCGUGUUCCAGGUGAAAUAUACUUGUGGCGCGAGAGGCGGACAGCCAGAGAGGGAGCGGACCAGAGUGGGGCACUACCUGAAAAAAGAAUGUCAUUGAGGGACGAGUUUCAACUGAAGAAAAUCGGACUAAGUUACGACAAUCCAGCUCAUUUCUUCUCUUGUCAAUGGAAAUGGCCUUCUGCGGCGUAUAUUUUCAUCCGGGUUUUUCUGUCGCUUUAUACGACAGGUGCGUUGAUCGCGGUGUGUGCGAUGAACGCCACGUACACCCUGCUACAAUACUUGACGGUGUGGACGUACAUUCUCCUUACUCUCCACUUCAUACUAACCGCCGUGAUAACUGUGUUUCAUCACUUCCGGCGGCCAAGAAAAGUAAGUUGUACCGAAAAUCAACACAUAACAGACGAAAGCAAAAGUAGAGAAAACCGGGGAUUUGUUGGCGAGAAAAUGGAGCCAAUAGGAAAGAGCAUUUCUGAAACUCCCGAAACUGACCGAAAAAGUUGCAAAACUGAGCUGGUUAAUGGAGUCACGUGGUACAUGAAACUAUCAUGGCUGCUUUCGAACAUUGUACAAGUGUUUUCUGUAAUAGUGACGGUCGUGUACUUUAGUGCUAUUUAUCCAACUCUCCAUGUCAGCAACUCCGAGCUCGUCAAUGAUACCAAUAUGCACGCAAUCAACACCAUUUUUGUGCUCGUCGACGCGGCAAUAUGUGCGCGUCCAGUCCGAUUCCUACAUUUCGUGUACCCCCUAAUUUACGGCCUAGUGUACAUUGGGUUCAGCGUGGUUGUGUACGGGGUGUCGGGGACCGUGAUUUACAAUGUCCUGGACUAUAGCCAGCCUCUGUAUCCCAGUAUAACCGUGCCGGGACUGGCCAUCCUUGUGAUCCCACUUUUACAGUUGGCUUUUUACGGACUCUAUAGACUGAGAGUUUAUAUCUCGACGAGAUUUCAGAAACACGCCUGAUACCAAACAGAUAGUCACUCAUGACAGUUGAUAACGUUUGUAAUGUUAGGUGGGCUUGCGAUACAAGACAGGUGUUAUUGUAAGGAUUAUUAAUAGUAGGUAGAAAGAGGAUGUCUUGUAUGGAAAUGAGCAAAUGUUUUUGAAAGCAAGUCAAUCGUUGCCAUUGACUAUAACAGUAUUUUCAGGUAUUUCAUUUAUGUUGUAGCAGAAUUGAACAAUUUUGGAAUGAUUUGUAAUAGUACGUCUUGUAGAUAUGAGUUAUGGAAAUGAAAUAGACCAAACUGACUAUUUCCAUAGCAUCAAAUGAAGGAAACGUUUUUUAUAUCAGAACGUGUGGAGUCAUGUUAUGAAUUAUGUGUUGUUUCUAAUACAGAAAAGACAUUUAGCAAAACGUCUAAAUAAAAAUUUGAAACGUUAACCUACAAAGAAGGUAACAUAAAACAAUAUUCAAUGAUCAUAUUCAACAGUAGAAAAAGCAGGCUAUAUAUAGACCAACCAUUUCAAACCCAUUAUCAUUCUUUGAUAAAGCCUUCACAAUUAUAUUCAGACUAUAGUGAACAAACUUUUUAUAAUCCAUUUUAUAUGAAAUAUGGUCGUUAAAAGACGUUUUUACAACUGAAUAGCUGUUUGGCUGAAUUACUGUUUUAGAGACUGUUAUUUUUUAUAAAAUUAUUCUCAG